AUGUUCGCUGCGGCGCGGCGGGUGGCCGGCCUGGGCCGUGCGGGCACCUUGGCGCAUGGUCAGAAGCGCAACUACGCGAAGUCCGACUUCAUGAACAUGACGAACGAGAACUGGGCCUACCUCGAGGGCUGGGAACAGGAGCGUGAAAAGAUCUUCCAGCAGUACCAGCCCGGCGACUGGCGCAACUACGCCGCCUUCGCCGGCGCCUUCAUCAUCUUCCCAGGCAUCAUGUACGCCAUGAUCAUCAAGGAGCGGACCUACCUCGACGACCAGUUCGGCCAGCUGCACACCUCCAGCGGCUACAUAGGCCAAACUCCCCGCAGCGUCGCCGACCGCCCCGUUCCUGAGGUCGGCCACAUCUUCGAUCGGCUGUACAACGGGCAUGGCGUCAUGAACGUCGCGGGGCGCGGGUUCCGGCAGUACAACCCGUUCGACAUGCCGCACGCGAAGCUCGGGUUCGGCGUCACGGGCUCGACGAUGUGGUGGGACCAGAACACGAGCAACACCGGGAGCGGCCCGUCCUACUACCAGUCGUCGGGGAGCUUCCUCGGCCCGCGCUGGAAGCUCGGGCGGUGGAGGAAGUGGGACGCGGGCGACCCGUGGUCCUGGAACAGCGACGAAUACUAA